AUUCGUAAAAUUUUCGAAGCCUCAUGAAGCGUGCUUCGAAAGCGACCAUCACUAGGAGCAGCAUCACUCUUAGCACAUGUGGUAUGCACAAAAAAGUCCAUAGAAGAAGAUUCAUAAAUGUUUGUUGAGAUGUUGACGGUGGUACAUGAGAUGGAUGUGACGUGCUGUAAAUCAGUAGGAACUGAUCUGUCCAUGCUAGAUAUUGAUGAUUUUAUCACAGAAAUCUCUCAGCUGAAGAAGGAGGUAGCGUUACUGGAGGCAAAGCUGAGUUCAAGAGGAGAUGAAGGACUGAAGAGAGUGCGUUGUGCUUGUGAGGAUGUAACUGAUGGGAGCUCCACUGAAUGUCUGGAUUCAGUGUGGAUGAGCAGAGAUCAGAGCCGCACACCACAGCCACUGCUGGACUCUAAACUCUCUGAAGAGAAAUCCAGACACACACAUGACUCAGAGCUCAGUCUCACUUUACUCUGUUAUACUGAGUCAAAGCCCACAGAUGCUCAGGACACUACAGUGUGUGACAGUAAUCAGAGCUUACAGGAAGAUCAAACCUCCACAGAGUCUCUGGAUUCUGUCUGUAUCGCUGGAGAACAGCAGCAGAUCCUGCAGACCACACUGAAGAUGUGUUCAGUCAAACUCAUCGACUGCAGGAACAUCAUGAUGAAGAUGAGAAGAGAAACCACAGAAGAUGAAGAUCACACUGAAGAUAAAAAUGAUGAUGAUGACGACGACAAUGAUUUUAUUCCUUCAGAUGAGAAGAGCGAUUCCUGUUCAGACGGAGAAACGUCCUCAACAUCAAAAAAACGACUGACCUGCAUCACCUGUGGAAAGACAUUGAGCUCACAGGGACAUUUAAAGAGACAUGAGAGAAAACACACAGAACAGAAACUCUUCACCUGCAGGAGAUGCAAGAUCAGCUUUGCCACCUUACAAGAUAAGAAUCUUCACGAAGAAAAGCACAAAGUGGAGAAGAAGGAGAAGCAGUUUCACUGUGAGCAGUGUGGGAAGAAAUUUUUCUUCUUAUCUCUGCUUAAUUACCACAUGAAGACACACAGUGAUAGAAAAAAGCUUUUCCACUGCAGUGUAUGUGACAAAUAUUUCAGCAACAAAGGAAACCUUAAUGCUCAUAACCGAAAUCACACAGGAGAUAAACCUUACAAGUGUCCCCACUGUGAAAAGAGAUUUUACAAUGCCUCGCAUCUUAAGAGACAUGUGCGUUUUCACACCAAUGAGAGACCGUAUGAGUGCAAUGAAUGUGGAAAGAAAUUUAGGGAAUUAUAUUGUCUAAAACAACACAAAAAAACACAACAUGAGAAGAAACUCUAUCAAUGUUCGCACUGCGCUAAAGGUUUCGGUAUUAAAGCUAAUUUGAUACUUCAUGAGAGAAUUCACACCGGAGAGAAACCUCACCUUUGCUCUGACUGUGGUAAGCGUUUCUCUGAUCCAAGUACUUUUAGAGUUCAUCAGAGAAUUCACACUGGAGAAAAACCUUAUCAUUGUAAUGUUUGUAGUAAGAGAUUCAGUCGACAUGACAUUUUAAAUAAUCACCAGAGAACUCAUACAGGUGAAAGACUUUAUAAAUGCUCGCAGUGUGAAAAGACGUUUGCUCGAUUAGAUGGCCUCAAGAUCCACGAGAGAGUUCAUACUGGAGAGAAACCUUACCACUGCUCCAUCUGUGGAGAGAAAUUCGCUUAUUAUGGAAGUUUUCAAGUUCACCAGAAGAAACAUGCUGAGGAACAACACUGAAAUCAUCAUUGUGUUUAAUUUAUUAAGUCAUUUAGGGUUUGGGGAAGAAAGCUAAAAUAUUAAAUGCAUAAAUAUUUACUAAGUAUUACACUAUUAUGUAAAUUGGGUCAAAAUUAUUUUCACUUUAUAGUCAAAUGACAUGACUUUAUAAAGAUGGCAGCAUCGAUUACUGGUCCACCCCUUGCUUGACCCCAUAACUGUUCAUUUGCAAAUAGCGCUGUAAUCUGUAAUAACAUCUUAAAUUGU